UGCUUUGGCGCCUCGCAGUCCACAGUGGAGCAUCGAAGGUGUUAGAGGUGUAUUUUUUUUCGGCGACUUCUACCGCUCGUUCGAGAGACUUUGUUCCCGGCCCCAAAACAGAUUUUGACGCAAUUUUUAACGUCACAGAGCAGCAGAGCCCAGAGCAGAGAAAAAGCCAGAGACAAACACAGAGCACUCCUAAAGCACACAGUCUCGCCCACAUCUGUAUCUUCGAGCUAUGGGCGUGGCAUCGACGAGCCAGAGCCAGAGCCAGGGCCAGAGGAGGAUGCUGUGGCUUCCACUCCUCGCCCUGAUGGUCCUCAACGGCGUGGACGCAUACUCCAAGUACGGACGCGGCUGCGGGGACAUCGGAUGUCUGCCCAACGAGGAGUGCAUCAUCACCAGCGACUCGUGCAGCUACAACCAGAGGGACGGCAAGGACUGCGGCAACUAUCCGACCUGCAAGCGCCGCACCGGCUCCACCUCCAGCUCCGGCAGCAACCAGGCCUCGCCCUCUGUUAAUCCGUCAGGUAGCGUCCUCAAUCCCGGCUACCCGAUGCACGGCCUGCAGCCGGUGAACCCGUACAAUCCACCCUUCGUAUUCGGCCAGAUACCGUUCUACGGCGGCAGCCCCUCCGGCACGGGGGGCCCCCCCAACGGCGGCAACGGCGGCGGCAACGUCGGCAUCGGCGCCGGCGUCGGGCUGCCCAGCUCGACGCUGGGCAUCCUCGGCGGCGGCGGCGGCGGCCUUGCCCCCUACGGCAGCAACUAUCAGGGCUACCAGAGCCAGCACUCGAACGCGAACAUGUUCAACAAGCCGCCGCCACAGUACCAGAAUCAGAACCAGCAGAACCCCUACAAUCGCCGGACCCAGGCGCAUCCCUCAGCAGCGGCGGGCUCCAGGUCCGGACUGGCUCCGGCCACCCUCGGGGCGGCCGUGCUUGUGGGACUGCUGCUCGCCGCGGCAGCCGCUCGGACGUAAUAAUCUGAAGAUGAAGCGGCAUCGAAAUGUGGCAGCAGUGACGACAACAACAACAACAACAUCCACGACGACAACGACGAUGACGAUCAGCCCCGAAAUGCAAAAUCCUAAAAAAUAAACAUUUUUCAGUGCUUUCUUUUCGUGCAAGUUUCGUUUGGCUUCUCCUUUGGUUCCUUCCGUUUAUUGUCUUUCUUUUGAUUUUUCUCUCCCGCACUGUGUAGCGAGUGGCAGUGGCAGUGGCAGUGGCAACUCUUGGAGAUUCUGCAUUUAAGAGAACACCUCUCGUCCCGAGGGGAAGGGCCCUCCUGUUGAGUGCCUGUUUUUGUGUGUGCCACACCACGUAUACGUAAUUUCAAUUUAAUAUUGUGCAGAACGAAGAGGGAAAGAGCCAAGUGGCGGGGUGUUGCAUGCCUCACUGGACACGAGUUCAUUUCUCUCUGUGUGUGUAUCUCUGUGUGUGUGUGUGUGUUUCGACCAUCAGUCAGGCUCCUGCUCCUCCGGGAGGCGAGGCUGCUGCUGCUGCUGGCUGCUGGCUGCUGGCUGCUCUUUUUUGCAGCUCAAUUAAAUUGGAAUUUAAUUUCGAGCUUAGACAGGAAGGAGGCACACACACACACAUACACACACAGAGAGAGAUACACACACACACAGAUGCAGAGAAUGGAGGCAUCCAGAUAGAUGCUAGAGAUACCAGCACAUGGUAAAGGGCUGGACUUUGAUGCUGAUGUUGAUGUUAAUUUCAUUUUUGUUGAUGUUACGAAUUUGCGGUCAGACUAUGGACUACGGACCACGGACUACGGACAGCUCUCAGCGAUAGCUCUUUCCCUCAAUUUGUGUGCUGGGUUUUUAGCUACAGAAAUAUACAGUUAGAGAUAGAGAUAGAGAGAGCCAAGAGCCACUGCUGCAGAUACAGAUACAGAUACAGAUACAUUUAGUGUUGUAGAUACGCAGAGAUACGCAUGUCAAUCAAAAUGCAUAAUGAGCUACAGGAAAAACGGGAAGGGAUUUGGCAGGUGCACCAAGUGCCCCCCCGCCAGAAGAUGUGAGAAGAACAUUAGAGCUCCAAAGGGUGUGUGCUCGAGAGCCCAGCCUCCAAUCAAAGGAAAGCUGUCACUAAAAUGCAUUUACAUACACAUUUUCUAGCCAGAGAACUGCCACAACAGAACUGCCAAAAGCACGAGUAUAUUAGAGAACGAGGCAGGGAAUGCUUGGUUUUCUGUAACGAGAGGAGUCAGAGAAUAUAUUUACUCCGUCCGUUUACCCGCUUGUCCGCUUGUCCGUUACUCUUGAUUGAUUUCCCAUUCGAACCGCUGCAGAAGCCACAGCCACAGCGCCCAACAGAGCCACCAGCAACCAGCAACCGAACUCAGAACAGUAUUAGCACAAGACAGUGGCUGGCAUUUUAUUGAGGGCCACCCAGAGGAAUGGCGUGGGCCACAGCCCCCUACGAGAAGUAUUCGAGAGUAUUCACUACUAAUACCGAUUAAAAUUACAAUUAAAACCUAAACUUAAACUAAAACUA